CCAGAGAUGUGCUGUGUGACAUGGAGAGCAGCCAGAAAACACCUUUGGCUUGUUGGCAGGAUUAUUUAAUCUCUUAGUCGGUUCAGGUUGAAGAUUAACUUUUUAGAUGUUUUCUCUAUGUAUAGCAACAUGAAGAUUUUGGAUUUGUUUGUGAUCCUCCUGUACGUUUCCCAGUGUGCAUCAGGUGUGGAGGUAGUAGAGGAGGCGGAGUUUGUUCUCCUGCCCUGUGAGUUUCCCACUUUUGAAGAUAAAGAAUCCACAGCUGUGUGGAGUCGCUAUGACCUCAAUCCCUCCACAGUUCACCUGCGUCGACGAGAAGGCGAUGACCUUCAGAACCAAAAUGAGCAGUUCAGCGGCCGAACGUCCAUGAAUCCCGACGCUCUGGAAACUGGAGACCUCACUCUCACUCUGAAAAAGCUUCAGCUGUCUGACAGCGGCAGCUACACCUGCACCGUCCGCAAGCUUGGAGUAGAACUCGGUCAGUCAACAGUGGAACUGCAGGUUCAGAGGGUCAAAGGUGGAGUUCCCAUCAGUGUCACAGUUGCUCUGGUUGUCCUGGCUGUAGUUGCAGCUGUCAUCAUCUCUGUCAUCGUGGGUGCUGGAGUUUACUUCAGACAGUAUUUUAAGGAAGUCCCACAGGUGGAUGUGGAUUCAGGGGUGGAGUCUGUUCAGCUGCCCUUUAUAACCACAGUUCACCGACGUGAAGAUGUAACUGUAGAGUGGACUGACAGCUCCGACAGGACAGUGCACGUGUAUAAAAACGGUUCUGACCACCUUGAAAAACAGCACUGGUUUUACAGAAAUCGAACAAUGAUGAGGAAAAGCCUGCUGAUAGCUGUGGACCUCAGCCUGACUCUGAAAUACCCGACAAACAGAGACACACUCACCUACACCUGCACCGUCUAUGACAGGGAGGGGAACAUCCUAAAGAAGAAACAAGUGAAGCUCUAUGUCAGAGUCCCCCUGGUGGAGGUGGAGGAGGGGGUCGAGUCUGUACAGCUGCCCUGCAAAACCAAACUUCACCUGCCUAAAGACAGUAAAGUGGAGUGGACCUGCAUUUACAUUCGGACCACAAAGGUCCAUGUGUAUGAGAACGGGUCUGACCAGCUUGAAGAGCAAGACCACUUUUACAGAGACCGAACGAAGAUGAAUGAAGACCUGCUGAAAACUGGAGACCUCAGUCUGACCCUGAAGUAUCCCACAGACAGAGACAACGAAGUCUACACCUGCACCGUCUACAGCAGGGAGGGAAACAUCCUGCUGAAGAGAGAAGUGAGGCUUCGAGUCAAAGUCUGUCAGGUGGAGGUGGAGGAGGGGGCGGAGUCUGUCCAGCUGCCCUUCAAAACCACAGAAAACCUGCCUGAAGAUGCUGAAGUGGAGUGGUGGCGCUAUGAACCCGAACCACCAAAGACGGUUCACAAAUAUCAGACCGGCUUUGACCAGCCUGAUGCACGAGACCAGUCUUACAGAGAGCGAAACGAAAUGAGAGACGACUCACUUAAAAAUGGAGACCUCAGUCUGACCCUAAAUUACCCCACAGACAGAGACAGUGGAAAGUACAUCUGCAGAGUUGAGAGCAAAAGGAUCAAGAGAAAGAAAACAGUUCUGCUGAGAGUGAUGAACUGUCUGCUGGAGGUGGAUCCAGGGGCGGAGUCUGUCCAGCUGCCCUUCAUAACCACACAAAACCUGCCUGAAGAUGCUAAAGUUGUGUGGAGACGCAUUGACCCUGAACCAUCAGUGUUGGUUCACAUGUAUAAGAACGGCUCUGACCAGCAUGAAGAACAGGACCAGCGGUGCGAGAAGUCCCGGCUUCAAAUCCUGGAUGACCCCACCUCACGUCUGUAG